GACAGGUGUGUGACUGACAUGACGCCACUUUAGUCAGCGGCUGCAGUGAUUUCAGGUCUUUUACCACAGCUGGAAGGAACAUUGACCUGCACACAGCUGGUUCUCUGAUCAUCAGGGCUAUGAGAUAAUAUGACCUUUACUUAUUCUCUCAAUGGAAACACAGGCACACAUGGAUAUGGCACACAGGGAGAUGCGAGAGGAGAGGACCAACGAGUCGGUGGAGAAAACCAGAGAAAUGGAGAAACAGUUCCUGAAAGACCUCUACGUUUUCAUGAAGAAGAGAGAUACGCCCAUAGAGAGGAUCCCAAACCUGGGCUUCAAACAAAUUGAUCUAUUUUUGAUGUUCAAGACUGUCAGAGACUUGGGUGGCUACCACCAGGUGACGGCUCAGCAGCUGUGGAAGCAAGUGUACAACAUGCUCGGCGGAAACCCUCGAAGCACGAGCGCAGCCACCUGCACCCGCAGACACUACGAGAAGCUGCUUCUGCCGUACGAAUGCCACGUUAAAGGCAUAUCUAUGAACACCUUCCGCCAUCAUCAGCCGAAGCACUUCCACUACGCCAACUACAGCAAAGACGACGACGAUGGCCAGAGACCAGCUAAACGCAAGCUGCUAUCAAUACCUCUGUGCCAGAACCUGCACACCCCCCUGAGGGACGGACAUGGGAGUGCCUUCCUCUUGCCGCUCCAUUACCCUCACUACUAUCACCCAAGCCCUGCAGUUAUGUCCCCCCAUGUGCCUAUCUCCUCCUCAGUGUUGGCACCAAAUACACCGCCGGCCCCCCAGCCCAGGGUUUCCUUCGAUCAAUAUGGUCUAAACCCAACAGAGAGGGUGAAGGAGCCACUGGAGCACUUGCGCUUCCUGGCAGAACGGUACAAGACCUCAUCUGGACUGAUCGAGCCUCUGAACCUCAGCGUUAAAGCGUCAGGACGGGACAGCAACAGCAACCCCGCCUCAUCGUUCGCCCCACCUUCGUCCAGCAAGAACCCAAAGUUUUUGAACCAGCCGUCCCCUCUGUACACUCCCCACUGCCCACAGGUGGUGAGAAACGAAAGAUGCGAGACGCAAGAUGGCGAGGCGUGUUUGGGAGACGCACCGUAUUCUUACCCUGCGAAAGCCAGGGAGGCGUACGUCACUGACGUCAAAGCGAUCGCAGGCUCCAGCAGCCCCGCGUACGAGUCUGCUCCGACUCUUAGAGCGGACGAGGGCGCCGCCGUAACGGCCCAAAGUCCCAGCUCCCCAAAAUCAGACUUUACAAUGCAGCAAGGAGAAAAGAGGGAGGGGGGUUUCGACUUAAGAGGGCUCAAUCUCAGUCGUAUGCUGCCCGACCUCCCUCAAGAGAACAACGGCGAGAUGGAAAUCGAGGUGCCGCUGUCUGUGUUUUACAACUGGCUCAGGCUGUGCAGGUCCUCAGCCGAGAUGCAUGGAGAUAAGCAGCUACCGGCUCUUCCUGCUCUGGAGGAACACUCUCGGCAAAGCAACUGUUCCGACGCGGACGUCCUCCCGACAAACCUGACAUUUCGGGUGAAUCCCCAACCACAGAGCUCGGCGGCCGAGGAUCUGAGGGUGGGGCAGAGGAAUUUGCCAGGCCCCAUACCAAACAUCCAGACAACCGGUUAUCUCCCUAAUAUGAGCCAAAAUCCUUUCACCAGCUACAAGCCUUUGCCUCCAGGUGGCAUUCUGAAAAAUGCAGCCAGUCAGGAUGUCUAUCCGUGUGAUCAGCAGGAUAUUAAUAAGUCAUACUGCUCCAAACCUCCACAUUGCUGGGAUGCGUACGGCCAGGAGAGCCACACUCCCCCCUUCCAAGCCAAACCUGACUCUAACCCCCUCGUAGCUCAGCAAAACCUCCCAGCCUCUAAGUCCUACAGUGCAGACGCGGUCCAGGGAGGGAAGGAGAGGGCCGAGAUGGGACCCUCGGCCGUGCUGAUGCUGAAUUCCAGCUCCACCUCUCUGCUGCACCUCACCAAUGAGGAGGUGAUGAAGCUGAAGAAAAUCAUCUCACACUCCAACACCACACUGAAGCUGAGCCACACUGCACCGCUCUUUCAUGUGCCGCAUCUAACUAAUUAAAUAUGUUUUCUGAAAGUGUCAAUUUACCAAAGAAUAUAAUUUUAAUAAAAAUAAUUAUUUACGUCAGGAGCAGAGUUUGUUUUAAAGAUGCUGUGCUCUAUUUUUUCAGAGCCUUUCUGUACAGUAGUAUUACUUGUUUUAGCCUAAUUACAAUGUAAAUAGAAAUAAAUUCAAAUAAAUAAAGUAGUUUCGUGUCUCAUUUGUUGAUUCGGCUUCCUGUCAUCACACUACAUUUGAACAAUUAAUUACUUAUUAUUUCCUAGCAUAACAACCAUUACUGUAUUUUUAUUCCUUCCUCCUAGAAAUGAAAAAACUACAACUUGUGCGGAAGAAGUGGCCUCAAGCUACGUUCAGGAGGAGGUGUGACGGUUAUUUUCACAGCAGCUGGUGAUUUUAUUUAUUUAUAGGCCGAGCACAUUAGCUGAGUUCUCACUAGUUAAAUGUCCAGUAAACAUAAUUAUCUCCAUAUUUUCUCUCUCCGUCCAAUAAGCAGAGAAUCACUCCACUUCUGAUCUUUUACUUCCAAAUCUAACAUAUGUUACUCCAGGCCUUAAUGAGCAGUUCGUCUAAAUAUACAGUAUAGGAACCAGUAAAUCAGUGAGGUAGAUGCCUUAGUGCUUUAGUCAGCUCUGUGUGUCACACCAGCAUGCACAGUCUGUUAUUAUGUUGUUAUUGCUGUAAUUAUUUUUCACAGAUUCAGUGCGUAACGAGGAAUUUUCAGGUGUGACAACAACAGGAAAAUUAAACGGACACUCCCGUCACUGUUACUUCAGACCCGAUCAUUGCGUGCAGAUUGCUCAUAACAACACAAACAUCCUGUGAUGACUAUUUUAGUGCAUUAGGGAGACGUAUGGAAAAAGCCAUCAGCUUACAAGCUAAUUCCAUUUUUUUCCUGGGUUUGUUGUGUUCACCUGUUCACCUGCUCGUUAUCACAUGAAAUGCAUCGCUGCAGUCUCAAAAAGCAAGAAAAGAAAAUAAUGUGGUGCUGGAUGAAAAAUCCGGCACGAACACGUUGAAGCGGUUGUUUCUCUGCAGGUUAUUGCUUAACUCAAAGGGCUCUUUGUUUGUGCGAGUCGUCAAUUUUUCAAAUUUCCAGAGCUAUCUGGUUAUCAAAAACAAAAACACUUUGUUGUCAGUGAAAAGCAUUUUGGUCCAUAGGUGACUGAGAGGGAUUUACUGGGCUCAGCACAGGGAUCAGGCUUUUAUUUGCCUGUUGGAAGCCCUCAGGCUUUUCACAAUAUGCUGCUCUGCACGUCAAUAAAUAUUGCCUCGCAUAGCGAGACCUGACCUGUUGGCUCAAUACAAGUUCAACUGCUACUCUAUGUAUUUAUAGAGUCAUCAGUAAUUUUAAAGAAAUAAGACACAUUAAAAGCGACCUGACAGGUAUUUGGAGAUCAAUCCACUACAUCUUUUCUGCAUUUUUGGUGUCAGUGCAGCCGACUGGCACUGAUUUAAUUCAGUAUUCAAGUAUUUCACAUUGAAUGGAUUUUGAACCUUUGACCUUGAACACUGUAAGAAUACUCCAUUGCAAGUAAAAGUUUUUUUUUGUUAUUUAAGUUAAAGUAUUUAAGUAUUACCAGGAAAAUGUACUUUAAGUGCUCAAAGCAAAAACACUCAGCAGCAGAAUAUCCUGUAAUAA